AUGAGACGAUCCGUCGAGCAGCUAAAACAUCUUGAUCGAACGUCACGGCAUAUCCGCCAUCAAACGACUCUACAUCAUCGAUGUAAUCAACUACUAUCGCAUGAUUUGGAUGCUCUAACACAUGAGUAUGCACACAAUCUGAAAAAUUCAAAAAAACAAUAUCAAAUCGAGCAACAACGAAAAGAAAUUCUCGAUUAUACAAUUCAGCAAAUCGCGAACGAACAAAACCAUCAUUCAUUACCACCAAUGGACACCCUAGAAAUGAAUAAAGAAAAUGUAAUAAUACCAUCGGGCAAUGUUAAAUUACCUCCAAUACAAUCUCAUUGUCAUCUUUCGUCACACCACUGCUCGCUGUAUCCUUGUCAACCAAUCUAUCAUUAUACGAGUUUUAUGAGCAAAGAUCGCGAUCAAACAUUGCAACAACGAAAUUCUACACAAGAAUACCGAUCUGAAAUAAACCAUUUUCAAAAUUUACUCGCACAACUAGAGAAAAAAGAGUAUCAUCCAAAGCGUCGACAAAUGACAAUAGCGAUGGGAAAUCAACGUCGUUCAGCCAAUCGACAUGCGUAUAUGAUGGAUACAAAAACACGUCUGGAUGAACAGAGUCGUUUAUUGCAAGAGCAGUUAAUUGGUAAAAGAACGUUUGGAUAUAAAAAAGAACAACAGAAUGAAUUACAUCGAGCGAUUAAACGUCACUUAGAAAUUUCUUCAAAAUUUUGUGCGCGAGGAGAGAAGGAUUCUUAA